AUGACUUUUGCGGCAGGAUACUGGCAUUGGUUCUGGUUGAUCCAGCCUGCUCCCGGGCCUGAAGACACCAUUCUGUCCAGUCCUGACACCUAUUGGCGAAUGAAAAUGGGGACACCAGAGUCCACGAGUUCUUACUGGUCAGAAGAGGACGUCGACGUGUACGGAGCACUCAUGAGCGAUCGCAGCGCGGUGCACGCUGCUUGCGAAGACUAUCGGGCGGCGGCGAGCAUUGAUCUGGACCAUGAUCAAGCUGACUAUGACGAGGGAAAGCGGAUCCACACACCAUUGAGGAUUCUGUGGGGUCGUCAUGGCAUGGUAGAGAAACUUGGCAAGGCCGUAGACAUCUGGCAGGAUUUCGCCUCGGCGGACGUCAAGGUCAGUGGCAGUGCCUUGGCAUGUGGUCAUGAAAUCCCUGAGGAAGUACCCAAGGACCUUUUGGAAGAGAUCCACAGCUUUAUGAAGUGA